CUGGUCUUCUGUCUGUACCACUCAAUUGAAUCUUUCUGUUUUAAUUCCGGAUAUCUCGUCUCAUUUAUUUAUCACAAUGGCGGCUGAAGCCUCACCGUCGGAGGAUGUCUCUUCGAAACGGAAAUCAAGCUCGAAGCGCGAAGACGCCGAGACGGAAGUGAAAUCGAAAUCGAAAUCAAAGUCCAAAUCCAAGGACAAGAAGAGCAAGCAUGAGGAUGUAUCGGAGAAACCUAAUGAAUCAACGGUGAACGAGGCAGAUGGAAAAGAAAAGAAGAAGAAGGAGAAGAAGAAGAAGGAGGCAAGCAAGAAACGAUCAUUAGAGGAGGAAGGGGAGGGUGUUCCGACUACUGAACAGGAGUCUACGACGGAGCAUAAGAAGAAGAAAAGGAAGAGGCGAGAGUCUGACGCGGGAGCGAAAGAGAAGGGGUCCGACUUGACUGGCGAAUCGAAGUCGGUAGAGGAGAAGGAAGAAGAGGACAAAGAACCUGGAACUGUCCCUAUCGAGGACAAGAAAGAGGAGAAAAAAGAGAAGAGAAAGAAGGAGAAGAAGAAGAAGCAGACGACAGAUGGCAAUGCUACAGCCUCCACCUCUAUCCACGAGACACCCAUCCUUUCCUACCUGAGUCGGUACUACAAGAGUCCUCAGACAUGGAAGUUCCAGAAGAACCGCGAGACCCAACUCUUCAAACAUCUGUUUUCGCUCGAGCAUCUUCCCGUCCAGUACAAUGCCGCCCUGCUGGCAUAUUUGAAGGGGCUGAAGAGCGAGGGGGCCAAGCAGCGGCUCGGCCAGGCCGCCGAGGAAGCCAUCAAGGCUGAUCUGGACAAGGGGGAAGAAGAAGACAAAACGGAGGAGGAAGAGUCCGAGAAUGGGGUGUCAUACGACAAGGCAAUCGAAGCGUUCAGGGCCUGGUUGGUGGCUGAAGAAAGUGAGGAUUUCGAGAACGACGAGGUGGUUGCGUCGUUGGAUACCACUGCGCUUCAACGCCUGCACAAACGACAACGCGCCGAGCUGGUUCUGUUUGCGCUCACGCAGCAACUCUACGAUCUUCAGAAACCGAAGCCAGCGAAGAAGAAUGCUGCCAAUGACGGCCCUAACAAGAGGAAGCGGAAGAACCGGACGGCAGUCAUUGAAAUAUCAAGUAGUAGCGAAAGCGACAGCGACAGCGAUUCGGACUCGGACUAGGAGGUGAAGAAGAGACUUUAAUCGCAUCUACAAGCGUGUUUCAAUUCCAACGAGCACAUUUAUCAUCUGACAGGAAGAGAACAAAUCAUUGCUAUAUAAAUAUAUUGUCCAAAUAGUACCAUAAUUGCUGAGAAGCAGACUUCGUGGUAGUAACUACCAAUACUCUGUACCAGAAAGACUGGUGGUGAGCGGAAGGCGGUG